AUGCAAAAGAAAUUUGGAUUGUCAAACCUGAAGAAAUAACCAAUCAAGGAUAUAUCAACAAUCCCUUGUUAUAUAAUUAAAGAAAAUUUGAUAUUCGAUGCUUUAUACUUUUUACAAGGAUUAAUGGCCAAUAGAAAGGAUAUUGGUAUUAGGAUGGCGAAAUCAGAACUUCUCCUCAAAAUAUUCAAUCUAAACAAUUUAUCAAACAAAAUGAUACACUUAACAAAUAGCUUAAUGCUGUUUCUGAGCUUUUAGAUCCAUUAAAAAGAGAAAAUACAUUUGAACUAUUUGGAUUAGAUUUCAUGA